AUGGCGGACGCUAAGACGGCGCCUGCGGUGACUCUCCGCACCCGUAAGUUCAUGACGAACCGUCUCCUCUCACGCAAGCAAUUCGUGCUCGAGGUGAUCCACCCCGGCCGCGCCAACGUGUCCAAGGCGGAUCUCAAGGAGCGUCUGGCCAAGAUUUAUGAGGUGAAGGACUCGAACUGCAUCUUUGUGUUCAAGUUCCGCACCCACUUCGGAGGCGGCAAGUCCACCGGCUUCGGCCUCAUCUACGAUAACCUCGAGGCUGCCAAGAAGUUCGAGCCCAAGUACAGGCUGAUCAAACGGGCUAGCCACCAAGGUAGAGAAAUCACGCAAGCAGAUCAAGGAGAGGAAGAACAGAACGAAGAAGAUCCGUGGAGUCAAGAAGACAAAGGCCGGGGAUGCCAAGAAGAAAUAAGAAAAUAUUCUUGA